CGGGGCGCGCGGGCCGGCGGGAGCCGCGCGGUUUGAAGGACGGCCAUGGCGGCGCGGGCCGGGAGCUCGGCUUCGGCUCCGGCUCCGACCUCGGUCCCGGCUCCGGCCCCGGCUCCGGCCCCAGCCCCGGCUCCGGCUCCGACCUCGGCCCCGACUCCGACCACGGCCCCGGCUCCGACCAUGGCCCCGGCUCCGACCUCGGUCCCGGCUUCGGCUCCGGCUCCGACCUCGGUCCCGGCUCCGGCUCCGGCCCCGGCUCCGGCUCCGGCCCCGGCUCCGGCCCCAGCCCCGGCUCCGGCUCCGACCUCGGCCCCGGCUCCGACCACGGCCCCGGCUCCGACCACGGCCCCGGCCCCGGCUCCGACCACGGCCCCGGCUCCGGCUCCGGCUCCGACCUCGGCCCCGGCCCCGGCAUCGUCCCAGGGCGGCAGCGGAGGCAGCGGCGACAGCGUCGGCGUGGAUAUCUGCAGUCUGCUGCGCCUAAGGAACCAAAUGAAGGAGCAGCUAAUGGAGUACAAAUCGGCAAUUCUCACUUGUCAAGAAAAUUUCCUUGAUCAAGAAAUUGAAGAAAGUGUUAUCCAGAGUGCCACAGAACAUUUGGAAAACGAUAUAGAAGAAGUAAAAGUCUCUUUCCAUAACAAGAUGUUGGCCUUGCAAAGGACACAAAUUUCGGAUGCCCUGAGAAACAAAUUGAAACAAGGUGACGAGGACUCACGUCUGAUCCUGGAAACAAUGAAACACCUAGUAUUGCUCAGCCAGACAAUAAUUGACUAUCAGAAGAAAAUACAUGAGAAGGAACAGCAGCUGAUUAACAUUAGAAGGGAAAGACUCUCACUGAAAGUAUAUGGAGGACAGAAACUACAGCAAAUUCAGACCAUGAUGAAAAGGCAAAAGGAAAAACAAGCAAGUAUGGAUGUCAGGAAAAUAGAGAAGAUGCUUGCUAACUUAGAAAAAGAAAGAGAGAUGACUACAAUAAUUCAAAAUGUGUUCCAGAGUCCUGUGGAAGCCUUGGCCUGCAACCACAGCCAGUCUCCAAAUUCUUUCAGCAGUGUAGACUUUGCCCUUUUGGUUAUCCAUGUGUCUGGGGCUGCUAACUAGUCUGUAUACAUGCAGCGACUGAACAUCAUAGUUGGAAGCAAAGUUAACUGGGCAGAAGAUCCAUCUUUAAAGGCAAUUGUUCUACAGCUUGGAAAAAAUGUCUAUCUUCAGUGAGUCAGGAGACAUGGUGUUUAUUGUUAUUCAGUGUGUGCAUUUUGACUAAAUUUGAUAGAUUAUAUGUAUCUCAAAAAUACACUUCAAGACUUAAAAUUUGACCUUUCUGAAAGCUGUUGUUCCCUCCAGAGAGUUAGAAUGUGUCAAAGCGGGUAGUAGAGCUGAUAAAAUGAAACUAACUGCAGACUCAGUUCUCAAGCAAUCCUGUCUUUGAGCACUUACAUUCCUCUGAAAGGCAGCAAGAACACAAGAAAAGUUUCAAGGUUUCAUGUAGAAAUGGACUUAAACUGAGGAUUUGCUGUACCCCUUUCCUGGGGACCAGCAGGCCGUAGGGCUCAAGCAGGAUGCACGACCCUGCUCUGUCCCAGUCAAAAGCCCAGUCAGGAAAAUUUAUGAACAAGUCUAGAGUUGGGAUUAUUUUUAUUAUUAAGGCAUAAUGUAUAAUUUUAAACACCAGAAAUUCUAUGCUCUUUUUAGCAGUGACUCUUGUCUGCAGAGGUAACUUUAUACUGUCAACUGUGCAGCUAAGCAGUGUUGUAAUUGCAAGUCUUCAUUAGCAUUUGUGCUUUUUUCAGUGUUGUUUGAUGCCUGAAGGAAAUACCGUUGAGGCGUAACACAAUUAGGGAGCGUGUAAUGUCCCUUCUUAUCUUGACGUGUAAAGUCAUUUUUAACUUGAUGAGUGAUCACUUGCUAUUUUUUUUUAGAUGAGUGCCUUGAUCUAAUAAAAACUAAAUGAAGAGAA